ACGUGCCUGACCCCCGCGCUGCUGCGGUCCCGGCCUGCCCGUUCACUGCCCUCCCUGCCUGAUGGAGCCAGCGCUGCCAGGGGACCCUCCUCGAGGCAGCCGGCUGAGCCCGGUGCGGGAACGUUAGUGGGACGUGGCUGGUGGCGUGUGCCACCCCAGGAGGGACGAUGGCUCAGGGCACCGGGAGCAUCAACAGCGACUACAAGGAUUGGGAGUGGAGUGCCGACGCCGGGGAACGGGCCAGGCUCCUGCAGAGCCCCAGCGUGGAGACGGUGCCGAAGAGCGGCGAGAGCCAAGGAAACGGUCUGGGAGCCACGUCGGCUUUGGGAGCCGUCUUCAUCGUGGUCAACGCUGCCCUCGGGGCUGGGCUGCUCAACUUCCCCGCUGCCUUCAGCAUGGCUGGUGGCGUGGCCUCGGGCAUUGCGCUGCAGAUGUGCAUGCUGAUCUUCAUCAUCGGAGGCUUGGUCAUCCUGGCGUACUGCUCGCAGGCCAGCAACGAGCGGACCUACCAGGAGGUUGUGUGGGCCGUCUGCGGGAAGGUGCCUGGCGUGCUGUGCGAGGUGGCCAUCGCCGUCUACACCUUCGGCACCUGCAUCGCGUUCCUCAUUAUCAUCGGAGACCAGGAGGACAAGAUCAUUGCUGCUCUGGUGACGGAGCCUGAGGAAGCUGGGAGCAGCCACUGGUACACAGAUCGCAAGUUCACCAUCAGCAUCACUGCCUUCCUCCUCAUCCUGCCCCUCUCCAUCCCCAAGGAGAUCGGCUUCCAAAAAUACGCCAGCUCCCUAAGCGUCAUUGGCACCUGGUACGUCACGGCAGUCAUUAUCAUAAAGUACAUCUGGCCUGACAAGGAGCUCACGCCUGUGGAGAUCCCCACCAGCCCCUCCACCUGGACAGCUGUCUUCAAUGCCAUGCCCACCAUCUGCUUUGGGUUCCAGUGCCACGUGAGCAGCGUGCCCGUCUUUAACAGCAUGAAGCAGCCGGAGGUGAAGACCUGGGGGGCGGUGGUGACGGCGGCCAUGGUGAUCGCUCUCUUCGUCUACACCGGCACUGGCGUCUGCGGUUUCCUGACUUUUGGGGCUGGUGUGGAACAGGAUGUCUUGCUGUCCUACCCCUCCAAUGACAUCCCCGUUGCCCUCGCCCGGGCCUUCAUCAUCCUCUGUGUGCUGACGUCCUACCCCAUCCUGCACUUCUGUGGCCGGGCUGUUUUGGAGGGUCUCUGGCUCCGCUACACUGGGGUGACAGUGGAGGAGGACGUGGUUCGGGAGCGGAGGAGGCGCCUGCUUCAGACCGUCAGCUGGUUCCUCCUGACCCUCCUCCUGGCUCUCUUCAUCCCCGACAUCGGCAAAGUCAUCUCUGUCAUCGGGGGCUUGGCCGCCUGCUUCAUCUUCGUCUUCCCAGGGCUCUGCCUGAUUCAAGCCAAGCUCUCCGAGAUUCAAGAAACCAGGGCCAUCAGCUGGUGGGCCCAGGUCAGCUACGGGGUGUUCAUGGUCACCCUCGGAGCCUUCAUCUUUGGACAGACCACUGCCAACGCCAUCUUUGUGGAUCUCACAGCCUGA